CCUACCUGUGCUUUCGAGAUACUGGUGACGCUCUCCCGAUCUACUGUACAUCCUUCACAAUGAGUUUCACCAUUUGGGCUUUAGCCUUAAUUUGGCUGGUUGGUUCCGUGCAUCCGCACACACUCCGUGCCGUCAAUAGGACUGGCUUGCCAACCAUAUCCAUCGUCGGUGGAACUGAAGCUGCCGCCGGUGAAUUUCCUGACGUGGUCGUUCUGGAAUUGAAUGGAGCUUUGUGUGGUGGAACUUUAAUUGGAGAAAAACAUGUCAUGACAGCAGCUCAUUGUAUUUCUGGGUCAGCCGAUCCUUCCAGCUACGUUGUGAAUCUUAACACGUUGUCAAUUUCCGGUGGAGGAGAAGGCUCCGUUAGCAGAGGAGUAUCGUCCGUUGUUAUACACGAAGCUUACGACAGUAGAACUAGCAUGAAUGACAUUGCAUUACUGGUGUUGAGUGAACCGGUGACAGGCAUCCAAUUUGCCAUCCUUCCGACGGAUGAAGCAACGACAGGGGAGCCUAUUACGGAUGCGCCUACGGAACCGCCAACAGAACCGCCAACAGAACCGCCAACGGAACCACCAACGGAACCGCCAACGGAGCCGCCAACGGAACCACCAACGGAACCCACAACUACCACAAAACCCACUACUACCAAAAAACCAACAACUACCAAAAAGCCGACGACCACCAAAAAACCGACAACUACCAAAAAACCGACAACUACCAAAAAACCGACGACCACCAAAAAACCGACGACCACCAAAAAACCGACGACCACCAAAAAACCGACAACUAAGAAAACGACAACUAAAAAGCCAACGACUAAACCAACAACAACAAAGCCGAAAACUACCAAGAAGCCAACAACGGUGAAGACAACAGCAAAACCUAAAACCACCAAGAAACCAGCCAUGAGAGCUUUCCCUGACUAUGCCAACGCGGCAGCCGUCAUCGUUGGAUGGGGAACAACUUCUUCGGGUGGAAGCGUGUCAAGCGUACUGCUAAAGGCCGACGUCAAUGUUCUAGAUAAUUCAGUUUGCACCAGUCAAUACGGAUCGAGUUUCGACGGCACUGCUAUGUUGUGUGCCUCCGCAAAUGGAAGAGACACUUGCCAGGGUGACAGUGGCGGACCGAUUUACGUUGGUGGCGUUCAAGUCGGUAUCACCUCCUUUGGUAGAGGUUGUGCUGAUCCUGAUUUUGCCGGUGUUUAUACACGGGUCAGCAAUUACGUCAGCUGGAUUAAAACCAACCAGGCGAAUACUAGUAGCUAAAUAGCUUAUCAAUUUUCGCCGAUAAAUCUAUACGGUGUGCAGCUUUCGCCGUUACGACUGAACUUGUUUUAAAAGUAAACCUUCUGGUCUUUUCACCUGCAUUCACCAUCUUUCUAAAGUGUACCUUUAAUGCCCAUUAUGGUGUUUAGUUUGAUUAUGCA